UUGGUGACAUCCGAUGCGGCUUGUUAGGUUCCUGCUGCUGCUGUUAGUAGUGAAAAAAAUCCUCCGAAUGCCGUCGUUGGAGGAGCCGAUGGAGAAGAUAUGCACCUAUAUUGCUCGCAUUCAGCACGAAUAGGAAAUUAUUCCCGGUGAACUACUGGCAUCGCACGGAGCUGCUUAUGUGGUAUGGAGUGGCAACAAGAUCCAUAAAAUGGAAUUCGAUUCCAGAGGGAAUCCUUUGCGGAUUCCGGCAGCCAACAUUCGCAGAUUUCAACGGGUAUCUUUUACAGAUUCCGACGGAAAACCUCGCUUUCUGACGAACCCUUCGCUUAUUCUGACAGGCACAGGAACCAUGUGCGUAUUCUGUCGGAAGUCAUACAUGGGCUAUGGCGUGAUUUCGACGAGUGUUUCGACGGGAAUCCUUCACGAAUUUCGGCAGGAAUCCUCAGAUUCCGACGGGAAGCACUCAAUGAUUCCGACAGAAUUCUUCGCGGAGACAAAAAUCCGACGGCAAUCCACAGAAUCAUUCGCUCUGUAAGAUUCCGACGGGAAUCUUUAGCGUAUU